UGUACAGUUUUAUGCAUUUACCAAUUCCGAAACAGGUUUCAAGAGAAAGGGGUGAGUGUGGAUCGCCAACUAGUCAAAUUCUUUUUGAACUGACAGACGCAGAGGGGCUGUAAAUCAGAAGGCACUUUUUGCACAUCUGAAACACUACUUUGUAACUCAUCCAAACAGAGCACCAACUGAAACAUUUUGAACGAAACUAACUAUGUCCCCUCUGAGGAGCAUACUAAGGCAAGGACAUUUCAUCACACUGGUGCUGCUGUCAUGGGCCGCUGUGGAGGCGCAGAGAGGUUGUCCACUGAAAUGCUCUUGUCCUUCCUCGCCCCCUUCGUGUCCUCCUGGUAUCAGUUCGGUUCUGGACUCAUGUGGGUGCUGUCGGGUCUGUGCCAGGCAGUUUAACCAAGACUGCAGCCCUGCCGAGCCCUGCGACCAUAUCAAAGGACUGCGCUGCCACCUAAAGGCCGGUGGAGACCCUAACAGAGGCUUGUGUAGAGCUGAGGCUCAGGGUCGCCCAUGUGAGCUGGAUGGACGAGUCUAUCAGCACGGCGAGGACUUUCAGCCAACUUGUGAACAUCAGUGCACAUGUGUUGAUGGAGUAGUCGGCUGCGUCCCACUGUGCCCUCACCACAUCUCUCUACCCGACUGGCGCUGUUCCCGCCGCCGCCUCACCAAACUGCCCGGCCGCUGCUGCCAGGAGUGGGUGUGCGAUGAUGACAACCGCAUUGCUGAAGUGGAGCCGUUGCCUGAUGCACAUCCACAAGAGCACACAGACCUAACAGGCAACGAGUUACUUGUAGCUCCAUCUACCUCUUGGGACAGCAGUGCAACAGCCCCUUAUCAAGCUAUAUUAUGGAUUUGUUAUGUUACUUGUUUUUUGGGGGUCACUGAUUGGUCCCCGUGCUCAGCCACCUGUGGAAUGGGCGUGUCCAGCCGUGUAACCAAUAGUAACCCUGAGUGUAGGCUUGUCAGUGAAACUAGGCUCUGUCAGAUACAAGAAUGUGGCAUCAACCCUGCACCAUCACUGAAGAAAGGAAAAAAGUGUCAGAAAACCACACGAUCACCGAAACCUGUGCAGAUCGUAUUUGCAGGAUGCUUCACUGCUCGCCGCUACCGGCCUCGUUCAUGUGGAUCCUGCUCAGAUGGUCGCUUGUGUAUUCCCUCUGUGACACGUACAAUUCCUCUACACUUUCACUGUCCUGAGCCAGAACGAGACGACUUUACCCGCAACGUCAUGUGGAUACAGCGCUGCAGCUGCAGUCAAAGAAACAGCAGACAGGGCCUGUCAUCACAAGCAGAGUUCUUCAAUCUACCAAAUGAUAUUCACACAUACACACACUGACAUUAGCUCAAGAGCACAAUCAGAAGCAUUUGCUCACUUUUACUGUACCAAAUUUUCUGUGGAAAUGUUUUAGCUCAGGAUUCAACAAAAUGUAUAAAGCUUAGAAACAGGUUUGUCAUUGCUGUUUUAUCAGGUAUUAUAAUCCAUACCAUAAUAUAGCGUGCACACACACAUACUAAUAAUUCAAUGUUCACGCCCUUUUUUUGUAUUCAUAAAAAAACAAAUUUAUUGUAUAUAGUGUAAAUAUGCUUUAAUACCACUGUACAUAUAUGAUGUUUUGUUUAUUUCUAUUUUAUAAUAUUUAAUAGACUUCAACUCUUGUGAAGUGUCAUAUUCAAACCUCAAUUUUUGGAGGUGAAUGGCAAAUAACAAAUAUGGAGCAAAU